AUGUCGGCGCGGUCGGCGCGCGGGGGCGGCACGGGCCGGAGCGGCGGGUACACGAAGGACGAGCUCUUCGGCGGGUCGCCCGGCCGCGGGCCGGCGUCCGGCCGCGACGAGGGCAAGGCCGGCGAGGGCAAGGACGAGGGCAAGGACGGCGGCGACGUCUUCGACGGCCCCCUGGAGCUCGAGCACGUCAUCGGCUUCACGGGCGCGUCGCCCCGCACGUUCCUCGCCCUCCCCGGCGCGCGGGAGCGCUUCGUCAAGGCCAUGGGCUCCAUCGCGGUGCUCGGCGACCUCGACGACCCGCACGCGCAGAAACUCCUCCGCGCGCACGACGAGCCCAUCAGCGCGCUGGCCACGUCCGUCGACGGGUCGCUGCUCGCGUCGGGCCAGGUCGGGUCGACGCACAUCCCGGGCUUCGCCGCGCCCGUCGUCGUCUGGGACCGCGUGUCGGAGCGCGCGCUCUUCAAACUGCGGGGCAUCACGCAGCGCGUGAACAUUUUGGAGUUCAGCGACGACAUGCGCUUCCUCGCGGCCUGCGGCGAGGACUGCGUGCUCUACGUCUGGGACGCGACGAGCGGCGAGGUCGUCUUCGGCAAGCGCUACGCGAAGCGGCUCAGCCUCUUCCAGUGGAUCGGCGCGAUGGACCGGGGCCGCCGCCGCGUCUACCGCCUCGCGACGGCGGUGACGGGCGUCGCCGAGGUCGAGCACGGCGAGCUCUGCUUCGACGCGACGCGCCAGCAGUGGCAGCUCGCGUCCGCGCCCGUCGUCAUGCCCGCCGCGGGCAUGGCGCGCGAGUACAAGUGCUCCGCGCUCGCGACGUACCCUAGCCCCGACGGCGGCGAGCCGGAGAAGUACCUCCUCGCGGGGACCAUGGAGGGCGACCUGCUCGCGCGGUCCGGGGGCGUCUACCGCGCGUCCGUGCCCAUCUGCACGGGCGGCCUCCUGGCCCUCGCGCUCAAGCCCGGCGGCGGCGCCGACGGCCGGCCGGCG